AGCAACAAGUCCCACAAAAUUCUGAAUUAUUUUUCAAUAAAAUUUUCAUCAAAAGGAGCUCAAAUCAUAAAACAAAAAAUCGAAGAAUGUGAAGCACCAAGAAUUAAAGGAGAUGACAAAUAUUGUGCUACUUCUUUUGAACCAUUAGUUGAUUUUGUCACUGUAAAGUUUGGCAUAAAGAUUCAGACAUUUUCGACUGAGUCAGAAGAAGAAAACAAGAAACAAUGGUAUACCAUUUUAAAGAGAAUUACAUUGGUAAGUGACAAUCAAAUAAUUUGCCAUAAGCAAAGAUAUCCAUAUGCGGUAUUUUAUUGCCAUACAAUUAAUGCCACAAAAACUUAUAUGGUUCCACUGGUGAGUGUUGAUGGCUCCAAAGCAAAAGCAACAGUUGUUCGUCAUUUAGAUACAUCAACUUGGAAUCCUAAACAUUUUGCAUUUCAAGUACUCAAACUUAAGCCAGAAGGACCUCCAAUUUGCCACUUUUUUAACACUGACGCAAUUAUAUGGGUUCCUAAUUAG